GAACUACCUAUUAUCGAGUAAGCUCUCUAAGCCCCUCUUCCCAUUGUUGAUCCCGUCGUCUCACCUGCCCUCGAAGCCACCACCGAACCCCGAAAAUGGUGUGGAGUCGUCGCUUGAUCCAUUUAGGCGCUGCCUCGCGUGGGAAACACAACGCCGCCGCAGCUGCGACGACAAUACCUCCGUGAGAGACUGUUAAGCCGUGGCCAAGCGUGUUACUGCCGCCGCGCCUAAGAAAAGUUCCCCGAUCCCGCUUGCUCUGCCGUGAUCAAAAAACGAGAUGGAUUAUACGGAGGAGCGCAUAUAUAAAGGGCAAUGGAAGAUGGAUUUGCCGGAAGUAGCAAUCUUCCAAGUGGAGAUACACCAAAAUCAAAUGCAAACCUCCAAGCACAGAAGAAACUUCAAAAAAGUCAAGCACAAGUCGAUGAAGUUGUUGGCAUAAUGAGAGUAAACGUGCAAAAAGUUCUAGAGCGUGAUUCAAAAUUAAGUGAUCUAGACAACAUGGCAGAUCAGCUACAAAUGGGAGCCUCUCAAUUUGAACAGCAGGCAACAAGACUCAAGAGGAGAAUGUGGUGGAAGAACUUAAAGAUGAUGAUUAUCCUUGGAUUGAUUGGUUUAAUUUUUGCGAUUAUUUUCAUUACUUGGAUUUGGUCCGCGUUCGCAGGUGAAUCAACCAGUAAUCCAUGAACAUCAUAAAUUUUGCCUGUUGAAGUCAUCGUUUCUUGCUAUUGUAUCUAUUUAAAUUAGGACUGUAAGUUAUAAAUUGAUGUAGCACCUAAGAAGUAUUUGAAGACUCCUUUUUCUGUCGAGAGAUAUGGCUCUGUCAGGGAUUAAAACCCUUAGACCUUUUAUUUUUUUAUUUUAUCAGUAUAAUGUUUCAAUCAAGAAUAAUUUCUGGUCAACCUGUCUGUUUUAAGUUUGCAAUACCAUCGUGAUCCUUGAGUGUACGUUAUUCAACUGUAAAAAUAGUGGAAAAUUCCAAAAAAGUACUUAUCUUGCCAACAUUUUUUGGAAUAUUUGCUUAAAAAAACAGGAGGUCUGUACUGCUGUCAAAAGUAAGAACUUUUUUCAAUCCUUUAAAAGUUGUCAAAUAUCUUCUGAUUAAAUCUAUUUUCCAGAACACUCAACUAAAUAUCAUAAAAAUUUUAAGGAUGUUUUACAUGCGAUUCAAUCUGACUUACCCAAAAUUUUCAAGGAUGAAUAUUCACAAUUUUUUAGAGCUAUGCAUGCAUUUUGAGUAAUUUGGCAACUUUGAAAUAUUUGUGCGGUGCUUUACUAUUUAAAAAAUUCUAGUGAAGUGUACACUCUGGAUGAGACUGUAAAAACUUGCCAUCCAUGGUGUCUUUUUGAGAGAAAAAUUUUAAUGUCCUAUAACAUAUUUACUGCCCUAUUAUUGUUGGUUCAUUUUAGGGGGUAUUGUUGAGCUUUUUAUCGUUUCAAAAUACUCUUUGAUUUGGCUAAGUUGCUAGUUUUUAAUGUCUUAAAAAGCACCGUAUCGUAAUUUUGUUAUUAUUUUUGAAGUAGUAUCAUGCUUCCUCCUUUUUCUUUAUAAAAUACUUACUGAGUGGCUAAAGAUUUUCUGAAGAGACCAUUAGCCACUUUUCCUCUCUUUUCCUUAUCCAUGCACUGGACUGAGAGUAAAAUCGUUUUUAUUUUUUAUAUUAUAUUCCACGUGUAUAAUUUAGGAAUUAUAUAUUAAGAGUACUUGAAAUUUUAGAAUGCUGAAGCAAGCUCCCUCCUUAACCCUUAUCAAGAAAGUCUAAACUUUUUUCUUCUAAAGAGACAAAGCUGAAAUGAACGUGUUUUUUAUUGCAUUUUAGCUACUAUUUCAAAACCGUGCUUACUGCCGGCUAGUUUAAAUUAGUUUAAACAUCCUCCUUCAUUUUUUUUGACACAUCAGUUUUUUUUCAUAGCUGUAAAGGUUUUUGUCAGAGAAAAAUUGCUGGAAUGUCUGUUGUGAUGUCUACAUGUAAAGGAGUUAAUCAUGAAGUUCCAGUUUAUCGAUGUUACUUAAAAUUUCCAACAACAAUACCUAGAUGUCAAACUAGGAGGCACCUAUCUACACAGGAAGUUUUAAAGAUACAUCUAUCUUUUUUUCAACUUUAGUAUAAAACGCAUGUUGUUUUUUUAAACCUCCCUUUGUCGAUAGAUCCCUGUUGCAUGAGGGUGUCCAAUCAUAGCCCUAAGUUUUGACUCAUUUCAUGUUAUCUUUUGCUAAAUCACAAUAAAAUGAAAUCAGUAUUUCUAAAGGUAAUCGUGCUUAUCUUUUACCUGCAUCCUGGACGUUGUCUCUUUAUUUAGGCUGGAUAGAUGACUCUAGUUGAAUUAGAAAGAAGAAAUAAUUGCCAACUGGUCAAAGGCUGAUUAAUUAGCCCUUUUAACAUCUUUGAAUUGAGUUCCAUGCCAAUUUGUCAAGAGAAACAUCUUUAAAGACAUCAGGCUAUUAAAGAUUCAAAUAAUGACACAAAAAUAUGCACUGAAUACGUAAUUGUCUUUCUUGAAUAAUGACUAGAUGGAAGGUUGGCAGAUCGAUUAUUAGUUUGCUCUCAUGGACAUGUUGUAAAGAGCGUUGGUUUUGGUUUAUUGCAACUUAUUUUCUCAUGGAAUGUUCAGUAGACUUGUACAUACAGCUAAAAGUAAUCAAGCUUUAUAGUUUUUUGAGUCAGCAUGUAACUGGGUAUAAGCGCCUUGCAAGAAAUACAUGUUUCUGCAUUACUGUGCUUUUAGAUGCCUUCCGUUUGCUAAUUCCGUCAGAUCAAAACAGGAAGAAAGAACACAGUUUCGGAAGCUGCUCCCUCAAAGAUUAUUCUCUGUGACCUAAAAGUUACUUUAAAACUUCUCAUUUCAUUCGGUGCAUCAAGGCAAGGGCCUCAGUUGGAUCGAAUUUAGCGAAAAGGAAGCAAUUCAAUUACAGUGCUGUCAUAAUUUUGCGGAGGUUUUGCUUUAAAAUAAUGUAAUGCGCCUUCUUGUAUUGAAAUUUACAGAAUUGUUUUCUUUUAAAAUUGAAAACAUUUGUUAGAAAAACUAAAAUAUUAAAUCUUCUAGGUGUUUUUGAGAUCAAGGCAAAGUUGCAUGAUAAUUAUAAUACUUUAACUGUCUUGGUUCUCUUUUGCUAAAUUCGAGCCAGUUAAUUUUUGUAAGAGAAACAGAUGAUGAUAAAGUUUAUCUCCUGCUGAGAAUGUUGGUGUUAUGUCCUUUAAGGUUUAAAAUUUCGGGAUCCUAGAAUUAAAUCAUAUGGUGACAGCUGCCACACAAUUCUCAUAAUUAUCCUGAAACGUGACUAAAUACCAUCGGUACUCAAAGUGACGGCCAGUGUUACACUUUUUCAACUACAUAUUAAACUAUCAUUUGUCAAAAACUCUAAUUUGCAUUUACUCUGUAAACUUUUAAAUCCAAUCGCAGUGGGUAGGUACCUAAAUGUUGGUGAUAGGUUUAUUCUAACAAUGAAUGUAUGGUCUUGUAUCAUAUUCAUGUGAAGUUUCAAAUUAAUUUAAAUUUUUAAUGUUUGCGGCUAGCAAGUAACAUAUUAAUCCAGGUAUCUCAUUCAAUUUUAUCGCACGGUACUGAUGAGUAAUAUGGCAUGAACAAUUUGUUUUGUGCUUAAUUUAUGUCUGUGCGCAUCUAUGCGAAGUAUCUGCUUAAAACAAAUUAUGAGUUCAGAGACUUUGUGAUAAUCAUCUUAUAUAGUCUUUUCGUCUGUGUUUACUUGCACCUGUUUUACAACAGCUCAUUAAAAUUCUCUCUCAAUUUUCAUUGAGAUCAUGACUCUGAAUAUUUGCACUCCUGCAGUUAUUGUAAAUUGGUGUAAGUACCUCCCAUAAAUCUUAAUGUGUUUUUAUUCCUCAAUCCAUUAAACAUAAUAAAGUCCCAUGCCUAACUAACAUUUACCUCCAUUUGAUUAUCUUUCAUCAUAGGGUUUGCAUAAAAAUAAUUUAUUUAUAUGUUAGCUCCAUAUUAUGAUGUUAGUGCCUUUUUUGUAUGUACAUUUAUUUCAAUAAAGUAUUUUUUUAAAAA